ACAGUGUUCAUCGAAUAAUUACAGUGUUCGGUCGGUGAUAUGGCUCUCAACUUGUGUUUAAAGCGAUUCAUUGUGAAAAAUGCAAGAAAAUCUGGGACUAGGUGUAUGUCCUACUAUCCCAUAGAUGAACAUAUUUUUGGAUUGAGCAGUGAACAACAGCAGCUUCGACAAACGGUUUUUGAUUUCGCACAAAAAGAGCUUGCACCUAAAGCGAAUGAAAUUGAUAAACUAAAUAACUUUGAGGGGAUUAGAGAGUUCUGGAAGAAGCUUGGUAACCUUGGACUCCUAGGAAUCACAGCGGAUCCUGAAUAUGGAGGCACCGGCGGUAAAUAUUCGGAUCACUGCAUCAUCAUGGAGGAACUCUCAAGGGCAAGUGGAGCAAUAGCAUUAUCAUAUGGAGCUCAUUCAAAUCUAUGCGUCAAUCAAAUUAACAGAAAUGGCACUCAUGAACAGAAAAGCAAGUAUUUGCCUAAGUUAUGUUCUGGCGAACAUUUUGGAGCUCUGGCGAUGUCUGAACCGGGUUCAGGUAGUGAUGUGGUCUCUAUGAAACUGAAAGCCGAAAAGAAAGGGGACUAUUAUGUCUUGAAUGGCAAUAAGUUCUGGAUCACUAACGGCCCGGAUGCUGACGUGUUAGUAGUUUACGCAAGAACCGACAGUAAUGCAAGCAAACCACAACACGGUAUAUCUGCAUUUUUAAUAGAGAAAGACUUCCCCGGUUUCUCAGUUGCUCAGAAACUGGAUAAGCUUGGUAUGAGAGGAUCAAAUACGGGAGAACUUGUCUUUGAAGACUGUAAGGUACCAGCAACUAAUUUACUCGGAGAAGAAAACAAGGGUGUGUAUGUUCUAAUGUCUGGGCUGGACUUGGAGAGACUAGUUUUAGCAGGAGGUCCUGUUGGUUUGAUGCAGGCAGCCAUUGACGUGUCAUUCCAAUAUGCUCACACGAGAAAACAAUUCGGAAAGAAUAUUGGCGAAUUUCAACUUAUACAGGGUAAAAUGGCGGACAUGUAUACAACAUUGAGUGCCAUCCGUUGUUACCUCUAUAACGUCGCAAAGGCCUGUGAUGAAGGGCACGUCAAUAGCAAGGAUUGUGCUGGAGUCAUACUGUACAGUGCUGAGAAGGCGACUCAACUUGCUUUAGACGCCAUACAGAUUCUGGGUGGAAAUGGUUAUAUAAAUGACUAUCCAACCGGAAGAAUACUUAGAGAUGCUAAACUUUAUGAAAUUGGUGCAGGGACAUCCGAGGUCCGAAGAAUGCUUAUCGGAAGAGCUCUAAACAGUGAAUAUAAAUAAAAUAAUAAUAAAUGUGGAUAUGUGAUAAAAUAAUAUAAUGUAUAUACUGUAA